AUGACUGCCAACGCACAGUUGAAGAGGAGAAGGCUACAAAAGCUCGAUCCAAGAACUCACAUCGGCUACCUGGUUGGUUAUAGUUCUACGAAUAUCUUUAGGAUAUGGGUUCCCUUGCUUCGGAAGGUUAUUUCAACCCGGGACGUUACAUUCGACGAAAGAACCUUCUUCGACGGCAAGCUCGAGCAACCACCGCUGCUUGCAAAUAUCGACGAGCUAGUCGAAAAAGUCUCUAUUCCAGAGGAUCAGCAAGUAAAUCAGGAAAUCCUUGAUGAAGAAUCCGAGUCUGAGGAAGAAGACCUCUUUGAAGAAGAAUCUGACGAGGAGGAGGCACAAGACCAAGAAAAAGCCAACGAGGAACUCUUGCUAACGCCGCCGCCAUCUGAAGAUGAAUUUCAAGCCGUUCUAUCAGAAGAUCAAUUUCAAGACCGAUUUCGGGACUUCUAUCCCCAGAAGAUCAGGAAUAUGCUCCAUGGAACCUUCAAUGCUGGACGAAUCUUCAAGCCAAAGACACAAGGGCCGCAUAAGAAGAACCUACCCGAACCGCCAGAGACACAGAAGCAGCUCGAAAGGCACCCUUAUAAAGAGGAAUUCAUCAAAGCUCAGAAAGACCACCUUGCCUCACACGAGGAGAUGGGGUCCUUUCUCGAGGUUCCUUGGAAGAGGGCUGCCGGCAAGCAAAUUCUAGGCUGCAAGUGGGUCUUUAUUUACAAGACAGACAAGCACGGGAUCCUUCAAAAGUGCAAAGCUCGUCUCGUGGUCUGCGGCAACCAGCAGGAAAAGGGGACCUUCCUACCGGGCUACGACCUUAGCCGGGAUGUCGUUCAGGGCCCUAAUGGCGAUUUCGGCAGAAUUCGACCUCGAGCUUGA